AUGAAGUUUACCCAACGUCAACUUAGUUUAACCCAAACUAUUCUGAAUGAAAAAGUCUUAGAAGAAAAAGAAAAAGUAAAAGCUACAAUUGAGAAUUUACGCAUAGAGGUUGCAAAUCUUAAAUACGAGCUUAUUAAAAAUAAUGAACAAAUCGUGUUAUUAAAUGAAAGGCAUAAAAAAUUACUUGAUACAUAUGAAAGUCUACUGAUGAAUCAUGCUAUACUUAAUGAAGAUUACGUAGCAUUGUUAGAAAAUAAUAGUAAUUAUUAUGUAGAAUGUUGUCGUUUAUUAGAGCAAAAAAAUAGUAUAUUGGUUAAACAGAAUUUAGAAUUAUUUGAAGAAAUUGGAGAAUUACACAAAGAAAUCAGAAUAUUAUAUGAAGAAAUCAACCAAUUAAAGAAAAGAAAUGAAUCACUUUCUUGUUUUACAUCCCUAAUUAGAAUUGAACAUUGGAACUUUGAGGAAAAAGAAUCAAGGCGAGCUUUUCAGAGUGAUUACGGUGAAGAAAACACAUUUUAUCUUUUCAGAGUUAUUGUAGUGAAGAAAGGCUUUGCUGAGAUUUUACGUGAAAUAGAAGUUUAUAUGGGUUCUCCAGAGUUAAGUAG